UAACUCGUUUGUAUUUAUGCAGGAGAAAGAAAUGGACUUCGAGGAAAGAGAUGCAGGCAUGAAGGUAGCUGAAGAGCAAGACAUCGUCAUCGUGGGGGGUGGCAUUUGUGGCUUGGCCACCGCCCUUGCUCUUCACAGGAAAGGAAUAAAGAGCGUUGUGUUGGAGAAAUCAGAAACCCUGCGAACCACGGGCGUUGGCAUCAUUAUGCAACCCAAUGGAUGGCGGGCACUUGAUCAGUUGGGUGUUGCAUCCAAGCUUAGAGAGACUGCCAUGGACAUUUCAUCGAGACAACUAAUAAUGGUGGACGACGGAAAGCGCCUUGAAUUGCCUCUUGGGAAAGGAGAACUGCGUUGUUUGAAACGGCAGGAUCUCGUUGAGGUAUUAGCUGAGCCAUUGCCAGUGAACACUGUCCAUUUUGGAUGCAAGGUGCUGUCCAUCGUACUUGAUCCUGUAACUUCAUAUCCCGUACUUCAACUCCACGACGGAAGUAUCAUUAGAGCCAAGAUUGUGAUUGGAUGCGACGGUGUGAACUCUGUAAUCUCGAAAUUUCUGGGCAUGAAUCCCCCAAAGCUUUUUUCUCGAUGUGCAACGAGAGGUUUCACGUGGUACGAAAGAGGUCAUGAUUUUAGCGGUGUCUUUCGUAUACAUAAAACUGAUAAUGUUCAACUGGGACAGCUCCCCGUCACAGACAAGCUUGUCUAUUGGUUUUUGACUCGAUCAUUAACUCCUCAAGAUUCCAAUGCUUCAAAGAAAGAUCCAGCAUACACAAAAGAAGCAUCCAUGGAAGCAAUGAAGGGUUUCCCUCAUGAAACUGUGGAAAUGAUAAAGAACAGCGAAGACAAGUCAUUGUACCUCACGGAACUGAGAUACCUUCCGCCGUGGGAGCUCCUGCGAGCCAAGUUCAGGCUGGGGACAGUGGUAGUGGCAGGUGACGCAAUGCAUGCAAUGUGUCCUUUUAUCUCACAGGGUGGAGGGGCCUCUCUGGAGGACGCAGUAGUGCUGGCAAGAUGCUUGUCAGAGAAAAUAAAGAUAAAAAUGCAAACCAGCAGACAAGAAGAAAAAAUGAUGCUAGAGAAGGCCCUUGAUCUGUACGUUAGAGAGAGGAGAAUGAGACUUUUCUGGCUUUCUCUGCAGACUUACUUGAUUGGAAUGACGCUUGAUAAUACAUCAAAGGUGAAAAAAGUGUUGGGCAUUGUCAGCCUCAUCCUCAUCUUCCGAGACCAGAAGAGUCAUACCGACUACGAUUGUGGCCGCCUGUGAUGAACCACUGAAUGCUGUAUCUGAUAUUGGAGUCCCUACAUGUUUGUCUCUGGCUGAGGUAAAACAAUGUCAUCUCAUUGAACUUUAUGUAGUGUACUAUUAAUAAGUUAAACGGAGUGAACUUAAUAUGUAACGUGCAUUU